UCUGCUUCUUUUCUUCAGCAAAAUGCGUGCCAAGUCCAGUCAGACAUGCUCCCAUCGGUAGUAAUAUAAUUUUCUAUGUACGUUUUGACUAAUGUCCCUGCUGGGCGCUGGCCUCCUCAUCAUCAUGCAUUCAUUAUGUUCAUUAAUUAUUACUCCGUCUUCAAUUCUUCCCCUCCGUGCCACCUAUUUAUCUCAUUACUUCUCCGUAUUCCAAAGAUACUUUGUUUUAUUUAUUUAAGAUCAGUAUAUUUGUGUUCACCAUCGAUCAGCGACUAGCUCAAACAACUACAAGAAGGUGACAAUUGAAAACAUGCCAGAAGCAUUGAACAAGGCAUCUAAUAAGGCAAAGAUGAUCAAGAUAUGGAAACUGUUGCCAAAAUCAGUUGCCAUGUCAUCCUUCCCACAAAGCCUACGCCCGCUGUUUAGCCCCGGUGGCGGCCACAGACAUAGUAAUGAGAGGACAGAGGCGGCAGAUCAUCAUCACCUCACGAAGAUGACGACUAUCCAUUGCAAGAAAGGAUUUUCUGGUCCGAUCGUAUCAAUCAUUCCACCAGAUGCCCGAAGAAAACCGAGUACCCAGCAGCAGAGGCAUGGAGAACCAACCUCUCCCAAAGUUUCAUGCAUUGGUCAAAUCAAGCGGCACAAGAGUAAGAAGAAGCAGGAAGAUAAGAGUAGUAGUAGUAGUGGCGGUGAUAAGGAAGACUUUGGCAGGUGGUCUCUCACGACAAUCAAGCAGCCGUUUAAGGAGAAACCCUCCUCGUCUUAUUCUCUUGUUCGGAAACAUGUAUUAUUUCACGGGAGGAAAUCUGAUGCUUCGGCUGAUAAACCGCCACCAAUGAGCUUGGGUCAGAUCAAGCGCUUUGCAAGUGGCCGAGAGAUAUCGAUGCUGUCUGAAUUCACUUGUCCUACGCAGCAGCAGCUGCAGGCGCAAGCCAGUACUGGGAUAGUGUAUUGUUCAGAUGAAGAAGAAGAAGAUCAAGAAACCACAACAUCACCACCGACAAAGCCGCCGCUUCAGCGGCAGGAACCAAGGAAGAAGGAAAUUAAUCUGUGGAAAAGAAGGAUCAUGGCUCAACCAAAGCCUCUUCAUAUUAUCCAUUAACACCUCCACCCAUAUAUAUCAUAUAUGCAUGGUCCGUCGGUCGGCGAGAUGGACCCAAGCGAAUUAAACUCGAUCGUAAUAUGAUGAUGACGACGUUUUGGUUAAUUGGCCGCCUCCAGAUCGAUCAGAUCGACAAUCAAUACAGUUUUCUAUUUUGUUUCUUGAUCUUUCUGUAUAUUUUCUGGAGGCUCCUAUCAGUUUCCUCGCCUAAUAUAUAAGCACUUCAUUUCAUAUUAAUUUAAUUCCAUCAUUAAACUUGGGAAGUUUACCUGUGUUAAAACAGAUUGUGUUUAAGUUUCCCUAAAUAUAACAACC